UUGGAUACUAAAUAAAGAAAAGUGUGCGGAUUUUUGGUUGGUUAAUUUGUUAAUUAGGUGUAAUUCAGUAAAUGUGUGUGUGUGUGUGUGUGUGUUUUUUUUGUGUGUGUGAGAGAGAGAUGUGUUUCUAUAUGAAAUAAGUAGACAGCAAAGCUGCGGGUAGACAAAAUCGUGUGGGUUUAGGGAGCUUUUUCGUUUGUGUGUGUAUGUAUGUUUUGUUCUGUUGUCUAUGUGUGGAAUCUGAAACCACUGUGGGAGUGUGUGUGCUGCACUGAAUGCGUCCUCCUAUCACACACUUCCUCAAACAAGCGCAGAGCUGCCCCUCCUCCUCCUUCUCUCCCUCUCUCUCUAUUUCUCUCCCUCUCUCUCUAUCUCUCUCCCUCCCUCUCUCUCUCCCUCUCCCUCUCUCUCUGUCAGUGUCUCUCGCCCAUCCUUGUGUCUGAUAGAGAGGAUAGACGACUUCACUAGACUGUAGUGCUUGCUUUAUGUGUGUCUGUGUGUGUGUGUGUGUGUACGACACGAAGGGACCCGUGUGCCACUGCUGAGAGCACGAACACAUACACACACACACACAUACAUACACACACACUCCUACUUUUCACACACACACACACACACACACACACACACACACACACACACUCUGCUCCCCACCAGAACCCAAGUGUAUGCAGAUGGUGUGAGCUGUCAGGCAAAAAGUUUAUGACAGCUCGCUCUCUGUCUCAGUGUGCGUGAGUGUGUGUGAGUGUAUGUGAAUGUAUGCGAGUGUGUGUGAGUGUGUGUGAGUGUGUGAGUGUGUAUGUAUGAGGCUACGGACUGUACUCUCUAACGGACUCUGGAACACCUUGCUCUCUGUUUGGACUUUCUGUGUCUCUGAGAUUUUCUGGAGGAGUGGAUCGGGAUCAGAGUGUUUCCAGUGUGUGAGUGUGUGACAGCAGUGUGGAGUAGUGGAGAUGGAGGAGCAGGCGUCCACCUUGGGCGUCACCCCCCAGCAGAAGGUGCUGCGCUGUGGUUGGCUCAGGAAGCAGGGCGGCUUCGUCAAAACAUGGCACUCACGCUGGUUUGUGCUGCGAGGAGAACAACUGUACUAUUACAAAGAUGAGGAUGAGAGCAAGGCACUGGGUGCCAUCUUCUUGCCGGGUAACCGUGUCACUGAACAUCCCAGCAAUGGAGACGAACCCGGCAAGUUUCUGUUCGAGGUCGUUCCAGGGGGUGAUAGAGAGCGGAUGACGUCCAAUCAUGAGACGUACCUGCUCAUGGCCAGCACACAGAAUGACAUGGAAGACUGGGUUAAGACCAUCCGCAGGGUCAUAUGGGCCCCGUUCGGAGGAGGUAUUUUCGGUCAAAAGCUGGAGGAAACGGUGCGGUACGAGCGGCGGUACGGGAAUAAACUGGCCCCCAUGCUGGUGGAGCAGUGUGUGGAUUUUAUCCGACGCUGGGGUUUGCAGGAGGAGGGUCUAUUCCGUCUCCCCGGCCAGGCCAACCUCGUCAAAGAGCUGCAGGAUGCCUUCGACUGCGGCGAGAAACCAGCCUUCGACGGUAAUACCGAUGUGCACACAGUGGCAUCUCUGCUGAAGCUCUAUCUGAGGGAGCUUCCUGAACCGGUCAUCCCCUUCUGCAAGUACGACGAGUUCCUGGCCUGCACCAAACUGUUUAGCAAGGACCAGGAAGCAGGAAUGAAGGAAUUAAGGAGACAAGUGGAAAGUCUACCUCUAGUCAACUAUAAUUUACUAAAAUACAUAUGCAGGUUCUUAGAUGAAGUGCAGUCUUACUCAGGAGUGAAUAAGAUGAGUGUGCAGAACCUGGCUACGGUCUUCGGUCCGAAUAUUCUGCGGCCCAAAGUGGAGGAUCCUGUGGCAAUAAUGGAAGGUGCAGUCCUGGUGCAGCAACUCAUGGCCGCUCUCAUCGGCCACCAUGCCGCUCUUUUUCCCCCAGACGAGGACAGUCCUGUUGCUCUUGAGUCGUGCAACAACAACAACGAUCCCCUGAAACGCUCCACCACUGGACAACUGCAAAAUAAAGAGAAUAACAACACCACUAGCGUUCAUCAGUGCACCUGGGAGGCGCCUGACUCUCCCGGACGGGCCUCUCUGGAUAACGGCUCACCUCGUUCAGUCAGCCCAAGAAACGUUCCUGCUGUGGCGCGCUUUGAAGUGACCCGAAGCCCUCCUCUGACUGUAAAGAAGAACCCGGCGUUCAUCAAAGGCAGUGGCAUCGUCACCAACGGCUCCUUCAGCUCCUCGUCAUCAUCCUCAGCAGAGGAAAAGAGUCCGACCCUGGUGGGUAUGGGUACACUACAGAUGCGUCGCACUGGCGCACUCAAAUCUCCAGGUACCAAGAUGGGUGUGCAGAAUGGCGGAGUGAGGAUGGGCGUGUGCAGCACGGACAUUGUCAACGGGACCCUCAACAGCCGAAACGGACUUUGGUCUCCUCCUGGAGGUGUGACACUGCGGGAGGUCAAAUGCCGUGACGGAGAGCAGCAACAGAACCGUCUCUCGACGUAUGACAAUGUUCACGUACAGCAGACGCCGUGCACGAGCAACAGCUGCGAGGACAAGCAGAGCGUGGACAGCGCUACCUGGUCCACAUCGUCUUGCGAGAUCUCGCUGCCGGACGUCUCUGCAUCCUGUCGCUCGUCCACUACUACAUGCCCCGAGCAGGAGUUUACCUUCGAGGACCCUUUGCUGGAUGAGGGUGAGAGGAGGAAUGCUAAUGCUAACGCCAACGCCAAUGGCGGAGGUCGAGGCAGCAGGGGUACGAGUAGCAGUGAGAACAGUGAGGUGGCAUUUCCUGUGAGCGGACACAGUGCCCUCCACAGUCUGGUGGCCAGUCUGAAGCAAGAGAUGCUCAAACAGAAGAGCGAGUAUGAGGCCAGGGUAAAGAGUCUGGAGCUGCGUAAUUUGGAGCUGGAAGCUGAGUUGGUGAACCUACAUGAGGAGCUGGAGCAGGAGCACAAGAAGUACACGAUGGUAGAGAUCAAACUGCGUAACGCCGAGCGUGCCAAAGACGACGCCGAGAAGCGCAACGAGAUGCUGCAGAAGGAGAUGGAGCAGUUCUUCUCCACCUUUGGAGAUCUGACCGCUGAUCCUCGCAGGCCGGAACGAGCCAACACCAUCUGGAUCCAGUGAGCAGGACUAUACCAAGAACUGGAUACCUGGAUGUGGAAAUCUUGGAAUGUGUAGGCUUCAAAUGUGACCGAACUGUCAAAAAUGAAGCUCAUUGAGCCAAAAUGUGAAAACUGGACCAGCCAAUAAUGGCAUAAUAAGAUUGUAACAGUGGGAGAACUGGUGGGAGAAACGGUUGGGGAGCUGAACAGGUGGAUCCAAGUUGGGAGUCGGAAGUUCUUUGGUGGUGAAGUUUGAAAACUGGAGAAUGUUUCUUUUCCCAAAGAAAGAAGGAUGUAAGAGAACUGUUGAAGAAACAUUAUGGGUAUUUGGUUGCAUUAUGGGUUAUUGAGCUUUUUAAUAGUCUAGAGCUUUACAUGAAGAAGAACCAAGAAUGUCACAUCUUCAUUUGUGAUCCCAACCAAAUCAUGUCCUUGAUCUCGGUUUCCUUGUUCCAUGUCCUCGUGUACUCUGUGUAUAUAAAACAAAGCAAUGUCGAAGAAUUUUGAUGCAAAACAAAUGUAUGUAUAAAAAGCAAACUGAAAUAUUUUAAUGUAUGUCUGAUAUUUAAACUGA